CUAAACUAGACGGCGUAAAGACUUACAUGAGGAUGCGACGGGUUCCGAACCAUUUGCAGGUCAAAGUGAUCAAAUGGUUCGACUACCUGUGGCUCACGCAGAAAUGCUCGGAUGAAGAACGGGCCGUCUCGUGCCUUCCUGACAAAUUAAAGGCAGAGAUAGCCAUCAAUGUCCAUCUGGAUACGCUGAAGCGGGUCGAGAUCUUCCAGAACACCGAAGCUGGCUUCCUUUGCGAACUCGUCCUUCGUCUCAGGCCGGUCCUCUUUUCACCUGGGGAUUACAUUUGUAGAAAAGGCGAGGUGGGAAAAGAGAUGUACAUAGUGAAUCGAGGUCGGUUACAGGUGGUAGCUGAUAACGGGAGAACCGUUCUAGCUACCUUAAAGGCAGGUAGUUACUUCGGUGAAAUAUCAAUCCUAAACAUGGGCACAGCAGGGAAUAGAAGAACAGCGAGCGUCCGUUCGGUGGGAUACAGCGAUUUAUUUGUUCUUAGUAAAAAGGACAUGUGGGACGUCCUGAAAGAAUACCCAGCAGCCAGAGUCCGACUGGAAGCAAUCGCCGUCAAGAGAUUGGAGAAGUACAAAAGGGCACCGCUGGAAAAAGCGGCGAUGGGAAGGAGUCAGUCGACUCCUGGUCUGGUGGAGUCACGUGGCAAGGUGCCUUUAGAGGAGAUGUGGGUGCCAUCCGGCUUAAUCGGCUUAACACUUGCCUACCCGAGGUCGCUCUUAAGCUCACCUCCAAGACCUCCACCGGACUCCCCGGGCUCCACCAGUAGUGGCAGAAGUAGACACCACACCCCCGCCUCACAAGCCAGAUCAGGUACGACGCUCCAAUGCGACAGCAUGACGCAGCUGGUGUCGGGCGCCGCGACGCCUCUGCUGGGAUCGCACGAGGUCCUCGAGACGGAGAUCAAGAGGCUGAGGGAGAGACUGCACACCGUGGAGACGGAGAACGCCGCGAUGAGCGUCAAACUGAAUCAGCAACAAUGGGAACUGGAGAACAGACUUGCAGAAAUCGAGAUGCAGAUCUGCGGUUCCAGAUCGACAAGCAGUCUCGAAGAUAAUGACAACGAGAGGAACCGUGAAAGCAUUAUUUAACAACAAAAUGUGCUGCCUUACAACGCGUUUCGGACCCACGCGUUCGUACAAUACAUCGUGUAAAGGCGGCGAAUAUAAUUUUAUUAAGUAAACGAAACCAAUUUAACAACAAACUAAUAAAAUUAAAUAACAUUAA